AUGAUGGUUUUGUUAUGUCAACAGGCGAUUUUGGCAGCCAAAAACGUUGAUGUUGACGAAAUUAACUUCCAGAUACAACAGUUGUYACYAGGCGAUCUGAUGUCUUUUAAAUCAAUCGAUACUGUUGUUGAUGAAAAUGAAAGUGUAAAUUUUCCGAUUGAAUUUUUAAAUUCAUUAGAUAUCCCUGGAAUGCCAYCACAUAAUCUUCGAUUAAAGAUUGGUUCCCCUAUUAUUCUCCUCCGUAAUUUGAAUCCACCUCAAUUAUGUAACGGUACGCGUUUGGUCAUCAAAAAGAUCACCGGAAACAUUCUUGAAGCAACCAUUUUGUCUGGGAWGUYUAAAGGAAAAGUGGUCCUGCUGCCACGUAUUCCGAUGAUACCAUCAGAUUCUACCAUACCCUUCAAAAGGCUACAGUUUCCAAUUCGUUUAGCUUUCGCCAUGUCUAUAAAUAAAUCUCAAGGUCAAACAAUGUCCAUUUGUGGUUUAGAUUUGGAAAAUCCAUGUUUUUCUCAUGGGCAACUAUAUGUUGCGUGUUCACGUGUUGGGAAACCGUCGAAUCUAUUUGUGUUAGCUAAAGACAGACUGAGCUGCUCAGUUGCUGUUAUCGAAGCCACUGCUGCCGAUAAGGAAUACCGUAAGUUCGGACGUGCUUUCGACUAUUCACCGACCAUGGACGUGCUACCGAGCGGUAACAUAUUCCGGGAACUUCAAGACAUACAUGAUACCGGUUAUUUCUCUGCACAUGUAUCACUCGAGGAUCACUGGCAACAG